AACGCAAGCGGAACGAUGAGACGUAGUUUUUAAUUUGAAAUAAACAAUCAAUUUGACAACAUACAUUCGUCUGUGUGAAGCGUGAUGCACUCAUUCUAUAAUUUGUAGUCGAACUGAUCACAUGGAAAACCAAAUUUAAAACGUAUCUUUUAUUUUGUCAUAAUUUUAAUUUCAUCAUAUCGUUUAUUUUGUAUUUUCUGAAAUAGUUCAUAAAGUUUCAGUUUUGCUUGCGGACAUUAAAAUGGCAUCAACAAGCGGCGACAAUAUGUUGUAUUUGAGCGAAAUCCCACCGUUGCAUAACACAAUGCUUAAUUUGUGCAACCAUUUUUGCAAAUUUGGCAAGAUUUUAUUUGUCACUGCUCCGUAUAAUGGUGACAGUAGCGCAGCUGCAGUUAUAUUCGAAGACAGUGCGGACGCGCAAAAUGCUUUUAAAAGUACAGACGCUGUGUUAAAUAAUCGUUUCAUCAAAAUGUCAUUACAAUCGGCUGGAGAGGAACCAUCAACGCUGCCACCAUCAUCUGGUCAAAGUGAUGACACGAAAUGCUCACUGUGCGCAAAAACAUUUGCAAGUAAAUGGCAUCGUGAAAAUCACAUGAAACGUAUACAUACUGGAACCGGUAUUAAUUGUCACAUUUGUAAGGCAACAUUCACAUCACAUAACUCUUACAAAAAACAUUGCAUCGUACAUCAUCCAAAUGUACGCAAUGGUAGUGGCAGCGCCAGCAUCAACAUGACCAAAUCAAUUACGGAACGUUUACCGAAAAUGGAUUUGACAAUUGUGCAGAAGCUGCAGGCUAAAAUCGAGACGUUGAAAGAAAAGUCAUUGAAAACAGAAAAAAUGCAACACAAGAAAAUAAAAUCUUUGCUGAAAAAGAAGAGGUCGCUGAAACGCAAACUCGCAGAUUUUUCUAAACUACUCAAGGAAAAGCAAUCCAUUGUGUCUGCGCUGGAAACCAAUUUGAAGACGAUUAAAAACAAGUACAAAAUGUUGGAACUAAAAUUUGAAGAAAAUGGACAACAUUUCGAUGAACUUCAACAAAAAUACGAGAAAGUGAAUCAGCACUAUCAAAACGAACAGUUCAAAUCAGAUCUGCUGACUGAAGUGAUCACCAACAUGAAUUUGGCUUCAUCUGCUUAAAAGUAUACAGCUCAAAAACCCAUCAUACGAAAACGAAAACCAAAGUAUUUAAGGACAUCAAUGUCAAACGAUUACAGUUAAGAUACAUGUUUUCUCUAUUGAAUCAUAUUCAAUUAGUAUUAUAGUGUGCUGUUUCAUAGCCAUUCAAUAAAGUGACAAAAAUCUCUUUGUUACUUAUUUUAUGUAGUCGAUUUUCAAUCGAUGACGUUUUUACAUUCAUAUUCGUUGUGAACCAAUAAGAAAAAUUGUUUUGACUGAAAUGCGGCUAUCUACACAUUUUGCGUUUUUCGUUCAGUAUCGCAACGACGAGUGUAUCAAUGACAUCAUAGUAGCCGAUGCCAGUUUUGUUUCGCUUAGAUGCAGUAUUGUGUGUGUGCCCAACACAACAAAGUUCAUAUUUUAUUGUCGAUGCUUUAACAAUAACAUCGAUUGAUCGAACCUUCGUACUUUUUAAGUAAAUAUUUAAAAUAAGAACAGAAACAGUAUUUAAACUGCACUUCAAGUAAUUGCUAAAUCUUUUUCAUUCAAUGGUUGGAAAUAAACAAAAUUAUGAUAACUCAGUCAGAAUCACAUAAUUAAGAGUAUUUUUCAAAGACAAUUUAUAAAAGACCCAAAAUGAAAUAAGAUAUGUACUAUCAAAAAGAAUAAUUUAAGUUAAAAUUUGUUGAAAAAAAAUGCAAUGAAAAUGAUAACGAAAAGAAUUCCAAAUUCAACAAUUUGCAAUGUCUGCAAUUAUUAUUCGAGAAAAUGGGAUAAGGAAGUACUUAGUAAGCUUCGUAUGCAUAAAAUAAAAUAUGUCAAUAGCAUUGUCUAAUUUUGUGUCA